UAAAAUAAAAAAUAAAGCCUCUUUUGAUCGAGUUCUGAAUUCCCCUUUUCCUGUCUUUGCUUGGUUUCUUUUAUCCAAACGAAUAAGCAUCCCUUUGAUUGAUUUAUUUCAAAAUGUUGAAUAUACAGUUAAGUCAAGUUUAAUCAUCAAUGAAAAUGGGAUGCGGGGCCAUUCAGAUGUGGACUUUGAGUGGUUUAGUUGGUGCUUUUCUCGAUCUUGCUAUAGCCUACUUGUUGCUGUGUGCAUCAGCUGUGGCCUAUUUAGCAACAAAAUUUCUUGAAUUUUUUGGAUUGUGCUUACCAUGCCCUUGUAAUGGCCUGUUUUUCACUACUCCAAAUAGGAAUCACUGCUUGCAACAGCUAUUAGUUGAUUUCCCAACUCAAACAGUAACUAAUGUCCAACUUUCUGUGAAGCAAAAGUUCCCUUUCAAUGAUUCCAUCUGGGCAAAUAAUCAAAAGGGUAAAGUUAAUAAUGAUAAUAUUAUGGGUAUUCUUGAAAUGGAAGGUGAGACAUCGGGGAGUUCAGUAUCAGAUACAAGGAGGUCAGGGAAUGUACCCAGGAGGCUGCCGAAUUGGAGGAAUGAUGGGUCUAACAUGAAGGGGAAAAGGGUAGUAGGUUCUACUAGAAGAGGUGGAUUGAGGCGGCGUCGAAGAGGGGUUAUUGAUGGUGGGAAUUUUUCUUCGGUUUCGUCCUAUGAUCCUUCGCUGUGUGUAGAGGUGCAAGAUGGUGCUGUUCCUAUAUCUCCUUCUAGCAUCAACAUGAGAGGGAAUGAAUUGAGUGAAGGUAUCUCAUUGCCUAUUGAUAAUGAAGAUGAUGCUCAUAACAUAGAAUUUGAUGAGAAGGCUCCCACAAUCAUGGGAUUGAGGCCGGGGGUUUCUGACAGCAUUCAAUUGAAUAAAUUCCCUGGUGAAGAUAUGCACAUGAAGGAAAAUAUACUAUUAGUUGAAGAUCUAAAAGAAAAUGGCCAAGGGGACCUGGGUUCCAAUGGAGAUGAGAAAAAUGCAAUAAGAUUCCUGAAACUGGCACUUGAAGAGGAGCAUGCUUCUGGUUUGGCUCUUUACCAUGAGCUUGAAAAGGAAAGAAGUGCUGCUGCAACUGCUGCAGAUGAGGCUAUGGCUAUGAUUCUGCGCCUACAGGAGGAGAAGGCAGCCAUAGAAAUGGAAGCUCGGCAGUACCAGAGGAUAUUAGAAGAAAAAUCUGCUUAUGAUGCUGAAGAAAUGAACAUCCUCAAAGAAAUCAUGGUAAGAAGAGAGAGGGAGAAGCUCUUUUUGGAAAAGGAAGUUGAAAUGUAUAGGCAGAUGAAUUGUCUUGGAGACAAACAAAUAGCUUAUGAUGGCGGGGAGAAAUAUGAUCUGCAACUACCUGUUGAUUCUUUGAUUGAUCCAAACGAGGAUCCUGUUCUGAUGCUACACGAGCUUAGCGCGUCUAUUGAUAAGAAGGUAAUGAUAGAAAACAAAGGUUCAGAUGAUAGUGUAUCUAUUGAUAAGCAGAAUUGUGCACUAGUUAUUGGAAAUGAAUCCCCAGUUCAAGGAUCGUGUGGAAAUGCUAACUUCCAGAAACAAGAGGACUUAGGCAGACUACCUUUGCAGAUGUCAAUAUGCAGUAGUGAUAGCACUGUGGAGCUUCAGGAGAAAGAGAUGAUAUCCGUAGAUGAUAACUUGUACGUGCCGCCAAGGGACCCUCAAGGAAUUAAUUUUCCUGAGAAAACUAUCCUUUUAGUAGGGAAAGUGCAUGAGGGAACUGCGAGCUUCAACCUAGGCCAAAAUAAGAUUCACACUAGUAAUGGAACUGAGACAGGUGAUUUAUAUGAUGCUCCACAUUUGAAGCAGCAUAGGAAAGAUGCACAUCAUGGAUUUCAUAAUUCAGGUAAUUUAGUUUUUGAUAAUGACCCUCAUGUCUAUGAUGUUGAUGUCAUUGGAAAUGGAUCGAACUUACGUAGCUACGUAAAUGGAAGCAAAGGUGAGAAGUUUUUGGUCACUGAUACGUCAGAAGCUAAUAGGAAAAGUGAUGUUCCCUUGGAGGCCUCGGUUGCAAAGAGGGUUGUUGCUAUCACCAACUGUCCUGGCACUAGUGGUUUGAAGACUGAAAUAGACAGUAAGAGAAGCAGUUCAGACAUAACUAGCGGUCUUCCACCAAUGGGCCCAAGGUGCAAACCUUUUCUUUCGGAUAUGCGGAGGAGUUCCAUGUCUCCAUUGGAUACUGAAAGGUUAAAAAUCGAGAGUGAAAUUAUUAGGCUUCAAGAAAGAUUAAGAACUGUGCAGGAAGGGAGAGAGAAACUUAGCAUAUCAGUUGAAUAUCGUGAAAGGGAAAGAGUACAGAUGGAACUUUUGGAGAAUUUAGCACGCCAGCUUCAUGAGAUUCAGCAGCUAACAGAGCCAGGAAAGGCUGUGCAUCAGGCUUCUCUGCCCCCUCCAUCCUCUAAGGUAUAGCAUUUGUAUUUCACCUUUGUUUGCUUUAUCUGUUUAAAACAUCAGAUGCAUAGUUGGAUCGUGUCUGCUCUUCAAGAUUUGGGGCUCUUCCAUGAUUUCUUCUAACUUCUCUACAGAGUAUUAAAAAUUGCCUAAUGUUAAAUUACAAUUUUUACAUCUGGUUAAUCUUUUUGAAAACUUUGACCGUUAGGAGGAUUCGGGAUCCCUCAUCUCUGUAUUUUUCUCUUUCAUGUUUAAUUCCAUGACAUUAAAGACUACAUUAUUCAUGAGACGUUCUUAGUGGUUGCAUCUUUACUUGUCCAUUGGCAUUCACCCUAGUAGCUUUGGUCACCACCUUCCGCAGGUUUUGAUUUGCCUUUUCUUUUGCCCUUUUGUUCUCCCAUUGAUUCUUAGAUUGAGUUUUUCUCUUUCCACUCCUGAUUUGCUUUCACCAAAAUGCCCUCCUUACACUUAUUGAUUGAGUUUUUUAUCUCUUUACGCAAGUGUGAACAGUGAAACCGUUGAAAUAUCUUGUAAAUAGUGAAACCUCUGUUAUUUUCAUCGAUCAAUAUUACACCCUGACACCUCCUUUAAUAGUAUACAAAAGAUAUUAAGGGCCUAUUUGAGCCACAUUA